GACAUCACAUCCGGAAAGAAGUACCUCCAAGGCCAUAUAUCUUGCAUUCGAUGCUCGACCUGUGCUGCUGAGCUUUGUAUGACCAACCAAAUUAUCAGCAAAGGAUUCACUGGCCGGCAUGGCCAGGCUUAUCUUGUUCCUGUGUCCAGAAACCUAGUCACAGGUGCCCAUACAGUAAGCGAUAUUGAAUGUGUCUUCUGUGGGAGCGUCCUUGGCUGGAAAUAUCUCAAUGCGGAGGAGCAAUCGCAAAAAUAUAAAGUCGGAAAGUUCAUUUUGGAGACGAGCAAAAUUACGAAGACCUCUGCUUGGGACCCAGCCUGUGCUGCAAAUUUUACAGAAUCUACCAAUCGGUACUUUCCCACAGAAGGGACAUCAAGAUCAAUGUAUGAAGCCGUCGAGUUUGACAGCCAGGACGAGGACGAGUGCGAGGAUUUAUUCAGCGGGGUCUGGAACCCUGGAUUAGCAGUACGCCGACGGAGCAGGGUCGCGUGA